CUCGGCCGGGAGCGAACUAGAAAAAACUCGGUCGGCGCCUACCAAAUCGGGCAAGCACAAGCCUCAGGGGUCAACAACCGACGAUGGACAGGUAAUAAGUCUACGACGCCGGUCGGCACGCGACGGCGGGGGUCUUUUACUCUCGUCACAUUCGCGGCUUGAGCAUCGGCGUCGAGCCUCGUUCAAUCCUCCCCUUGCAAUCCCCGGCACGCACGACGCGCGACAGAAGAUGAGGUUGCCAACGGCGGGGCGUCUCGCCGCGUCGGUGCUUGCGGUCGGUGCGCUCCUCGUGGCGGUGGCGAGCGCGGCCGACGGGGACGUGAGCUGGGACAAAAACAAGGUGCUGGGUAUCCAGGGCGGCCUCGUUCCCGCAGGCGAGCCCGUCAUGAUUUACACCAACGUGUCAAACAGCAAAUAUGCCAAGGGCGGGUUCGAGAAAAUGGAAGUCUACCUGGACGUGCAGGGGAAGCAGAACGCCACCACAUUCUUCCCCGACGUCUACUGCGUCAUCGCCCCGUGCGUCUGGACAAACGUCACGGCCUUCAACGUCACAAUACCGAAGGACGCGUUCCCAUCUGGGGCUGAGAUGAAGAUAUGGUCCGAGAUCUAUGGGUCGCACCAGCCAGGAAAGGAUCCAGGAGGCUUCGUCCACCCAGACGAGGGCGUGCGAUUCAACUUGACGAGCGGCAACGGGUCCUUCUCCGACUACGAGAAACGCAACGGCUGGUCCAUCUUCGGCGGCGGCGCAUAUCUCUUCCCUUGCGACGUCAUCACCUGCGCGAGGAUGUGCAUGGUCAUGUAUCUGGACCCCAACAAGUCGGGUCUGACCCAGUCAUACACACGAACGAUGAAGAGCUGUGUCGAAGCAUGCGGGUCAUAUGUUGAGUCCGACCUGGAGCGGCGCAGCGACUGCAUCACGACCAAUGCGACAGACCACAAAGAGACGGGGUCCAAGGGUGGAUCGGACAGCGGAUCGGGCCAUGGAUCUGACGGCAAGUCCAAAGACGGUGGUGAAUCGUCAGCUCCGGGGCCGGUGGCCGUGACGGAUCAGGCCGGGCGGAUGCUGAUGGUGGCUUGGUCGCUGGCGUGGCUUGUCAUCUGGAGCUUCUGACGUUAGUAGGGGUAUGCGUAGUUAGUAGUCAGCGGCUCUGCGCAUGAGCAAACGUGAUUGCUCGGUCAAACAGGCUCGGUCAAACAGUCUGCAUGUCAAGUGAGGCAGUGCAGCUUGGGCGAGCUAGUGGAGGGGGGUCCAGGGAUAUGGAGAGCCGCAUCAAUGGGAGUUGAAAUAAGCUAUGGCGGCAUGGCGGUAGAAACGUGGGCGAGCGUGGCUGAGCAGCUUUCGAGCGUGGGUCGAUGCGACGACGUCUCAAGUUGGAGGUACGGGAUGCGUGUGGCUCACGGGCGACGGGCGAUGACCUCAACUUGAGGCCGGAAAAAAAGCAACGAAGGGGCAGCUGCCCACUGAGGUGAUGGGAACGGUGCACAUGCUUUUCUGGCGGGGAAGGAGGGAGAGAAGGAGGGGGUGGCGUCCUGGCGGCGCUGCUGAUGCAGGGCCAAGCUCAGAUGCAAAGGAAAAGUCG